AUGCUUCUUCUUCCGAUCGCCGUUGUGUCACCCUUUCGCCUCGGUGGUGGUGCUGCUGGUGCCCCUUUUCUGCGUAAAUCGCGCAACAUGGCCAAUGUGGCUGGUGUAGGCUUCGGUGCCAUCGACUGCAGUCGAAUUUGUGAGCAGGUGGCCGAAUGGGACCUCAUUGUAGCAAACCAAGACAAUAUGCAACCAAAGACGAUUCCCCUGUCACCUCCCAUAACCGCCCAACGUCUUCGCAUAAUACCUCACCGAAGAGACUACUCUCAAUUUAUGUGCCUGAGACUCUCCGUCUUGGGACACGCCUUUGAUGCAUCUCUUUUGAACUACGAGAUCCCCGAAGGCGACGUCUACCAAAGCCCUCUUGGAGGUCUAGCCUGGGCUGCCUUAAAUGAUUCUUCUUACGAUGGAGUUCGUCUUCCCAAGCUCGACUCCUCCAAUGAAGAUAAGCGAUAUCGCCUGUCGGAUGGAUUGGGUGUUCUAGUAGACCGACGCAUCUACGUCGGUGGUGAGAUUCGAAGGGCCCUAGAGGCGCCUUAUUCAGUGCGUAACAUGCACUGGGACACUCAUCAGACGCUCAGUGGUCUCGUAGGCUGGUUCUGCCGGUCUGGUCAACCUCUUUCACCCCUCUCUCCACCAUGUCAGUCGCGCAAUGUCAGUCUACUUUUCACUUUUCAUUCUGUUCGACACUUCUCUGAAUUGCGGAUCCAUGCCCUUAACUCAUUUGCGGAGAAUGUGGCAGUCUUUAAACAGGCCCUGGUGCAGUUCAGUGUAGGCGGUAAGCACUUUGACCGCUACGCUUCACCUGUUCUACAUUCGCAUCCGCGGAACAUCUCCUCCAUCCAACCCACCUGGGUGAUUAUCCCGCUGCAGGGGCGUGUGGGCCGUUUCGUGAGGGUUGUACUCACUUUCGAUAGGGAUUGGAUCAUUCUCUCCGAGGUCACUUUCAACUCAUCCCUGUUGACAGUAGACAUUGACGAGGAGAAGAACGGCGAAUCGCCGCCGACGCCAUUACACGCGUUGCAGCCUUUGAAACCCUCAGAGAUAAACUUUGCCAACACCUCGCAGCAGCAGAACGAGAUUUCAUCGUCGCCUCUUCCUCAAGCCCAGCCGCCUUCACUAGAGGAUUCCACCGACCUUUCGCUUAUCAUCGGUUCUGUGUGCGUGGUUGGACUGGUUCUCGUGGUCAGUGUCUUUGUGUACGUUCUCUGUCGCCUUUGCCGCGGUAGUUCUCAUGGCAACCGAGCCCUGCUGGGAAAGGUUACCGUUGAGAGAGGUACUGAUGGUGGUGAUUGUGGUGGCAGUGGUAGCAGUGGAAGGAAGCCAAAACUCUUGGAGAACAACAACGGUCUGGUGGGUGGUGGGGAUGGAAGGUUCUUAGCAUUUGGUGGAACCACACCUACCAGUGCCUUCUGUCUGGCCAACACAAUGGCUGCCAGUGACAUCCCUUCACCUAGCAAACCAAUCGAUAUGUAUUCCGCUUACAAUGGGAACGACGGAAUGUUACAGACGUUGCAUCUGAUGCACCAGCAACAUCAGCCACAAGCGUCAACAUACGAUCCCGCCUUCCGACCCUUGCUCCAAUCUACUGCGGGCUUUGGAACACUUCCAGCAAACAGUGGAGCACCGCAUCUGACGAUGUCGGGUGCCACAGCAGCAUCUCUGUUCCAACCUCCGCCUCCUCCUCCACCGCCGCCACCUCCGCCUGAUCAACCACUGCCACCUCUACCGCCCAUCACUCCUACAUCGGGCAUCAGCUGUGGCAGCCACCGACCCAGCUCCACGGUUAAUCCCUAUGCCGCCUCCUCCGCCGUAUCCAUUCUUGCCAACGGCAGCACAGCCGCUAACGCACCCAUGGUUGCAAGCACGCACACUGAUGGCUCAAUGGCCGAGUAUGCAAGCGCUUCGCUGAUAAGCGGUCAGUCGGGUUAUCCCAUGCGUCCACCCUCUAUCCAUGGAGGCACAGGGGGACUCAUAUUUACGCCGCAGCCCACAGCCUACCCAAAUGCUCAGUCGCCCACCGGACAGGACGUCUUUCUCCAGCCCACCGCGAUGUUGGUCGGCACAAGCACUGCCAGCAAUGCGGUGAAUGGAAACGGUGUCUUCCCUUUCAUUGUGUCCUGCUCCAGCGGCUUUGGCGAUACUGCUGUACCUUCGCUCUCCAUGCUGCCCUCGCACUCGAAGAAUGGGCUCUUUGACACCCUGAAAUCGAUUGACACUUUACCGCCACAUGAGGAGAUGCGGUAG